AUGGUGGUCCUCAAUAAUACCAAUUUUCGGCCUCUGUUCUUCUUCCUGACGGGUAUCCCGGGCUUGAGAGCAGCCCAGGUCUGGAUCUCUAUCCCUUUUUGCCUCCUGUAUGCCAUCGCCCUCACUGGGAACAGCAUGGUCCUGUUUGUGAUACUCCGUGAACAGAGUCUUCAUGAGCCCAUGUACUACUUCCUCUCUAUGCUUUCAGCCACAGACCUGAGUUUGUCUCUGUGCACACUUUCCACUACCCUUGGUGUCUUCUGGUUUGAAGCCCGAGAGAUCAACUUAAAUGCCUGCAUUGCCCAGAUGUUCUUUUUGCAUGGGUUUACUUUCAUGGAGUCUGGGGUACUGCUGGCCAUGGCUUUUGAUCGUUUUGUGGCCAUCUGUAACCCACUAAGAUAUACCACUGUCCUCACCCAUGCCAGGAUAGCCCAGAUUGGGAUGAGCAUGUUGAUCCGCAACGUUGCUGUCAUGCUACCUGUUGUGCUCUUUGUCAGGAGGCUGUCCUUCUGCAGGUCCAUGAUACUUUCACAUUCCUACUGCUACCACGUUGAUCUUAUCCAGCUCUCAUGCACAGACAACAGAAUCAACAGCAUUCUUGGUCUGAUUGCACUCUUCUCCACAACAGGGUUUGAUUGUCCUUGCAUCUUGCUCUCUUAUGUCUUGAUCAUUCGAUCGGUCCUCAACAUUGCUUCCUCAGAAGGGCGGCAGAAAGCCUUCAACACCUGCAUAUCUCACAUCAGCGCUGUUGCCAUCUUCUAUAUCCCUCUUAUCAGCCUGUCUCUCGUUCAUCGCUAUGGGCAUUCAGCACCUCCGUUUGUCCACACCAUUAUGGCCAACGUCUUCCUGCUCAUUCCUCCUGUGCUCAACCCCAUCAUCUACAGUGUAAAGACUAAGCAGAUUCGAAAGGCUGUUGUCAAGAUUUUAACUCAGAAGCGGCAUCGGUUCUAA